GAGGCCUGGGCCGCCCCUUCCUCCGCCUCCUCCCCGCCGGAGCUCCUCACUGCUCCCGCUCGCUCUCCGGAGAGGCUCAGGUACUUGGCAAGGGACAGAAGAUUUGAUUCAGAUACAUUUUGAAAGUUUGAAACCAGAGAUGCACUAGAAUUUAGAGUGUUUCAUUUGGUUAAGGAGGAAUAUCCACAGUGCCAUUCUGAGAUUCAAACGUGCCUGAAAGGUAUGGUCUGAAUAUGCGUUGCUUGGCAGCUCGGGUCAACUACAAGACUUUGAUUGUCAUCUGUGCGCUCUUCACAUUGGUCACAGUCCUGCUGUGGAAUAAGUGUUCCAGUGAUAAGGCUAUUCAGUUUCCACGAAACUGGAAUAAAGGUCUGAGAGCAGACGGAUUAGAAAAAAGAGCAGCAGCUUCUGAGAGUGACGAUAGCGUGAACCAUGCAGCCAGGCAGCAGCCGGAGGAAGCAUCCCCGCAGGAGCAGCAGAAAGCUCCCCCUGUAGUCGGAGGCUUCAACAGCCAGGGCAACAGAGUUCUGGGACUCAAGUAUGAAGAGAUUGACUGUCUGAUAAAUGAUGAACACACAAUUAAAGGAAGGCGAGAGGGAAAUGAGAUCUUCCUCCCUUUCUCUUGGGUAGAGAAGUACUUUGAAGUUUAUGGGAAGAUGGUCCAGUACGACGGCUAUGAUCGGUUUGAGUUCUCUCACAGUUAUUCCAAAGUCUACGCACAGAGAGCGCCUUAUCACCCUGAUGGAGUGUUUAUGUCCUUUGAAGGCUACAAUGUGGAAGUCCGAGAUAGAGUCAAGUGCAUAAGUGGUGUGGAAGGUGUACCACUAUCCACUCAAUGGGGACCUCAAGGCUAUUUUUAUCCAAUCCAGAUUGCACAGUAUGGUUUAAGUCAUUACAGCAAGAAUCUAACUGAGAAGCCCCCACACAUUGAAGUUUAUGAAACAGCAGAAGAUAAGGACAAACACAGUCGGUCUAAUGAUUGGACUGUGCCAAAAGGCUGCUUCAUGACUAAUGUGGCUGAUAAGUCUAGAUUCACCAAUGUUAAACAAUUUGUUGCUCCAGAAACCAGUGAGGGCGUCUCUCUACAGCUUGGAAAUACAAAAGACUUCAUUAUUUCCUUUGACCUCAAGUUACUGACAAAUGGGAGCGUGUCUGUGGUUUUGGAGACCACGGAGAAAAACCAGCUCUUCACAGUGCAUUAUGUUUCAAAUACUCAGCUGAUUGCUUUUAAAGAAAGAGACAUUUACUAUGGCAUUGGGCCCAGAACUACUUGGAGCACUGUCACGAGAGACUUGGUCACUGACCUGAGGAAAGGAGUGGGUCUCUCCAACACAAAAGCUGUCAAGCAGACCAAAAUAAUGCCCAAGAAAGUAGUCAGGUUAAUUGCAAAAGGAAAAGGAUUCCUCGACAACAUCACCAUCUCUACCACGGCUCACAUGGCUGCUUUCUUUGCAGCAAGUCACUGGCUGGUCAAAAACCAGGAUGAAAAAGGUGGCUGGCCAAUCAUGGUGACACGAAAGUUAGGCGAAGGGUUCAGGUCUUUAGAGCCCGGCUGGUACUCAGCCAUGGCCCAGGGACAAGCGAUUUCCACCCUAGUGAGGGCCUAUCUCUUAACCAAGGACCACGUAUUCCUCGACUCAGCUUUACGGGCAACGGCCCCUUAUAAGUUCUUGUCAGAGCAACAUGGCGUGAAAGCCAUCUUCAUGAAUAAAUAUGACUGGUAUGAAGAAUAUCCAACCACACCUAGCUCCUUUGUCUUAAAUGGCUUCAUGUACUCUCUAAUUGGACUCUAUGACUUAAAAGAAACUGCCGGGGAAAAGCUAGGGAAAGAAGCCAGGCUGCUGUACGAGCGUGGCAUGGAGUCCCUGAAGGCCAUGCUCCCCUUGUACGACACCGGCUCGGGCACAAUCUACGACCUGCGGCACUUCAUGCUGGGCAGCGCGCCCAACCUGGCCCGCUGGGACUACCACACCACCCACAUCAACCAGCUGCAGCUGCUGAGUACCAUCGACGAGGCCCCGGUCUUCAGAGACUUCGUCAAGCGGUGGAAGAGUUACCUCAAAGGCAACAGGGCAAAGCACAACUAAAGCUCACGACCAAAAUCGGAACCACCAGUCAGGCUUUCAUAGCAAAAACCAAGGCACAUUUUAAAAGGUCACAUAAUGAGUUUUAUGGAUCACUUUAAAAUAGUGAUCCUUAAAGCUAAUUCAAAAUCAUUGCAUUCCAUGAUGUGGAUGUUAACAAGUGUGAGUGACAUUUCUAGCAUGAGGGCUCAAUAAAGGCUACUCCCUUUACUUUGCUUACCUAUAGUCCAAUUUGAUUAGACAUGCCUUAAAGAAAUUCACACUCAGUUUGGGGAAACAUCAUUUUCUUCUUAUAUGAAAAUGAUUAAAUAGCCAUACAGUCCCUCUGUCUAGCCCUUGCCUGAAAAUUUAGUAUGUGGCCUCUUUUAAAAUGAAAUUAUUUAUGUGUGUGUUGGAAGCAGAGUAAAGAAAAAUCAUGUGCUGUAAUGAGGUAAAUGUCUACUUACUUGUAAACUGAAUAGUGGACUGUGUACAUCUUUUUAAAAGAUGUUUCUUUUCUACAGAAUAAUUUGGGGGGAGCAUUUGUUAAAUUUGGUAUAUAUGGAGAAAUAUUUUGAGCUUAUGGUUUUCUUGAAAUGUAUAAAUUAAAAACAUAAAGCCAGUUUUCUGGCUUCUAAGUUACAUUCUGUAAGCACAAAUAAGAGUGAAAAUAGUUGACUGCACAAUUGCAAAACUACCAUUCAUUUUGAUGAAACUUGAUCUCCAAUCAGAUGAAAGUUUAAUCAUCAAUCACUCCCCUCUGCCAUGGCAUUGGGUUCUUUUUGUCACUGUCUGGAAUUUUGUAUUGUUAUUUUGAAUCAUACUUAAGAAUUGUUCGUUUUGAUACCAUAUUUUUUGAGAAACUUUAUGGUCAGCCUAGAUUUAUAAAGGAUCUAAUUUUCAUAGCCUGCAGAAAAACUUGAAUUAAAACUUAUAAUACACCUGAGUAGUUUCUUUUCCCCAGAGUAAUUCACUUGAAGGGCUUUCUGAAUUAGCGUCCAUUGUUAUAAUCAUUCCCCACCCCCAUCUCCAUACAUGCUCUUAAGGGGGAACAAUGUAGUAUAAACAUAAAUUCGAGACACAUGCUUCUUUCAAACUGAAAGUCAUUGCUGUAAUGUGCAUUAAAUAUUUUUUCCGUGUUAGAGAAAGUUAUUUCAGCCAUUGGACAAAAAAAAAAAAAAAAAAAAAAAAAAAAGAAGCUGCUUCUACACUUGAGCAGAUUCCACAUCCCCUCACAUCCACAAGAAUGUUAUCUGGAUAGAUGAAGGCCUUCAGAGUCAUUGAUCAGAUCAUUGAGCUAGUGGGGGUGGGGUGAAGUCAAUUUUCCACUGGCCUUUGUCUUAAUCCUAUUAGUAACUGGUUGGUUGCAGGCCAUUAUAUUAAUGCCUUACAACAAUACUGUGACUUCUAUAAAUUAUAACCAUAAGGUCCCCCGCUUUCCAAGUAAAAAGCCUGUCAAAUACAGUAUGGCUUGGCUAUUUGUACCAAAUGAUCACCAGAAACCAAAUAUGUGUCCCGUCAAUCUGCAAUCUCUUUUACUUUUGGAUUAAGAAAGAGAAAUGAAAUUUUGAAGAGACGGUUUAUGAGCUGAGGAAAAGAUGCCUGUCAGCACUGUGAUAAAAUAAAUCUGGUCAUAGAAGAAGCGGGCUUGAAGUAACCAAUAUGUUUAACUACUUAACUUUUAAUUUUGCAGUCUGAAAAUUUUGAACUUAGAGCUUUUGUUUAUUCUUUCUCAGUGCCAGAAUCCAGAAAGUCUGUGUAAUCAUCCCAUUUGAUUCCUUUUGAUAGUGAGGCUAUUCUAGAAAGAUGAGUGGUCUGGGCUUCUCCCGGAUGUGUUUGCACACCUUAAAGAAUCUCAAAUUAGGAGGAUUCAUGAGAGUGUAUGGUACUGCCUUAACCAUUUGGCUGGCUUCUGCACAGGAAAGAAAUGCAGUGACUUCAUCCAGAAAUGUCAGAAAUGAAUGGCAUUGGGGUUUCCGUGAUGUUGGUCUGACCUUGCAUUCUCUACUGCAGCAGCAGCAGCUGUGUGAUUUCUUUGGUCCUAAGAGAGUUCCUCGAACCCGUGACACCAUGGUUGGGGGAAAAGCGCAUGGAGACUACAUUAGUACGUUCCUCCUAAACCAUUCUUUGUGUUUGUAAUUGCCUCCAUAGACAUCCUCGGGGAGAGCUGCGCACUGUUCCAAGCUUUGCCAGGGGCGAGGUUGGGUACUGGGGAUGGCAUGGGGCUGGUAUGGAACAUGUAUUGGUCUGGUCUGUAGCUGACUUUGAUUUGAACCCAAACCUCUCUAGGCAUUUCACAUGUAAAAUCAAAUCAUCCAAGAGUGGAGAGAUGCGAGUUCCUUUUGACCUUUAUAUCAGGAGAAUUGUACAUAGGUUUCAUCUAAGAAACGCGAUGCAUGUGAGUAUAUGCAACAGUGACACACAAGCACAACUCUAUAAAUGUGGCAGUCUUCUUUUCUCGACCAGUGUCUGAAAGCUGUGCACUGGAAGCUGCUAUUUUCAUCCACCUUCUACUCUUUUCUUUCUACUACUUUUCUCUUGUUUUUUCUUUGUUGUACAUGUGGGUUAUAUACCAUGUGUUAAAUAUGCAAUAAAGUGUUUACUGGAUGCCCUUCUGAAGGGUAGUCCUUUGUAAAGCUGUACAGACUUUGCAAUUCAAGCACAAUGUGCACAUGUUAGUUUUAUAUACAGCAAAACUUGAUUUUUUGCAGAUGGAAAGGUAUUAUGUUUCUAUACAAAGUAAAUGGAUCGUUUGUGCUUAAUGUAAAGCUGCUUUAUAAAAUUGUAAAAUAAAGUUUUUAUCUUGAGAGCA